AUGGAGAUGUGUGGAUCCAAAUGCAACCAAGGGACUUCUUCCAAAGGAGAGAGGGCCGACCCCGUGCAGAAAUUUGACAAGGACCCAGAUAACUGCCAAGUCCUUGAUGAGUUCUACAAUAAACAUGCACAAAAGUUAAAGGAAGUUAAGCAUGUAUUCAGCAAACUAGGAGAAGAUGCAAUGGAAAGCAUGAUGAUGAUUGAUGCCAUACAACGCCUAGGCAUUGAUCAUCACUUCGAAGAGGAGAUUGAAGCAGUUCUGCAGAAGCAGUAUAUGAAAUCUAGCAUUCAUGGUGAUUGUGAUGAGGAUCUUUAUGAGGUUGCACUCCGCUUUCGCCUAUUGAGACAAGAAGGUUACACUCUGCCCGCAGAUGUGUUGAAUAACUUCAAGAACAAGGAGGGGAAGUUUAAACAAAACCUACGCGAAGACAUCAGAGGAUUGAUGGGUUUGUAUGAAGCUUCUCAGCUAAGUAUAGGAGAAGAUAUACUUGAGGAAGCCGGAAAUUUCAGCAGUCUACUCCUUAAUGCUACCUAG